GGCCCUUGUCUUCUGUUGUUACAUUUGGUGUCGCUGCCUACCGACAAAUGGAAAGCCUAUGCCCUGCUGUUUUUGAUGGAGACAUAUGGAUCUUCGGGCAGGACUUCAAGGCUUCUGCGCAGUUGAGUGGCGUUCAAGAUCUGUCAGCGAUGGAGCUGCUACUUGGGACGCUGCUGGGAGGUCGGGCGAAAGCAGCAUAUGAAAGUGUGAGACGAAAUACUGACGAAUGUUCGACAGGGUCAGGCAAACAGUUUCCAAAGUGGGAAGGACCACAUAUAGUCACUUCGAGAUGGGAUUACGUGGACACAAUCGCAAUGACGAACAAUGAGAGGCGCGUGAACGUCAGAGAACUCCAGAAGUGGAUACAGCGAGACAAGCCAACGAUGACGCCUGCACCAAGUAGAUCAAGCCGACUUCAGUCGCACGUAUUUGACGGGGGGACGAGUGUAGUGAGAGCAGGCCGUGAGAAAAUAUGAGCAAGGCUGAUCCAACAACCAAUCACAGCAAAGUUUACGUGGCAAAAUAUGAUUCGCAGAUAGAGAACUCUAUUUGUCGAGGAAUCCCGAAACAACCAAUCAGAAGUCUGCGUUUGUCUGCUUAACUUUUGAUAAACAACCACUCUGAUGACUGUGCUUGUCUACUCGCAUAAGCUAUAAUAAUGUAUGUGAAAUAUAUAUAAAUACGUGUUGAUUUUCAUAAUAAAACGAUCUGUUGCCUGGCCCUUGUCUUCUGUUGUUACA